UUCAGUGAUGAAGACGGAAGAACAUUCAUCAGAUUCAAUCCGUCAUUCAUGGAAAGAGAAGUCGAUGGGAGCUUCAAGCAAUAACUCUGGCAAUGUUGGCAUGACAAGGAAGAAGUUCACACAUCCAAUAUGUUAUUGUGGAGCUCAUGCGAUUCUCUUUGAGUCAACCACAUCAAGUAAUCCAAAUAAGUUGUUCUUUGGUUGCAGUUAUUUCAAGACUCCUUCAACGCAUUGCAAAUAUUUUAAGUGGCUGGAUGACUUGAUAAAUGAGUCUGGCUAUACAGUGGUAGAAGUCCAAAAGAUGGAAGUUCAUGGGAGAUUGAAGGAGUUGGAGGACAAAAUUAAAGAGAUGGAGAUUAAGCUAUAUGAUGGAAUUCAUGGAAGAAGAUACACUAGACAGAAUAGAUGUAUUAUCAUGGCAUUUGUCAUUGUUGUUGUUGGUGGAAUUUUUAUUACUGCACUUCAGCCUAAUAGGAUGUGA